AACUAAAGAAAAAACAAGCCCCCAUUCUUCUGUUGGGCAACCCCGAAGGCAGACACGUCUCCCUCAGAGUCCAAACACACGAACACGACGACACACAAGCGCAGGCAGCAGCACGCGCGCACCAGCGAGGCAGCGAUCGAGAGCACAGCGCGCGCAUGGCUGCCACGCCGUCGGCCUUCGCCCCGGCGCGCCCGCGUCUCCUCUCCUGCCGUGCGCCGGGCAGGAGGCCGGCGCAGCUACCGCGGUGGACCGCGUCCGCCACCAGGAGCGGAGCGCCAUCGUCGUCGAUGGACGCGACGGCGAAGGCCGGGAGGAGGCCAGGGGUGAGGGAGUACGUGGAGGCGGCGCGGGAGAUGGCGCGGCGGCCGGACGGCGGGCCGCCCAGGUGGUUCGCGCCGCUCGAGUGCGGCGGCGGCGGCGGCGAGCGCGUCCCCGGCGCGCCGACGCUGCUCUACUUGCCCGGAAUCGAUGGAGUUGGAUUAGGGCUGAUCCAGCACCACGAGAGAUUAGCAAAGAUGUUCGACAUGUGGUGCUUGCAUAUACCCGUCCAAGACCGUACCACCUUCCAAGGACUUGUUGAGCACGUAGAGAGGACAGUGAAAUCAGAGAGCUUAAGGGCACCGGACAGGCCAGUCUAUCUUGUUGGAGAAUCCGUCGGAGCGUGCAUUGCUCUUGCGGUGGCGGCGCGGAACCGAGACGUCGAUUUGGUGCUGGUCCUAGUCAACCCAGGGACAUCUUUCCACAGGUCACAGCUGCAGUCUCUCUCGGCACUCCUAGAUUUGGUCCCUGAUCCCUUCCAUUCGAGCACUCCACAACUCCUAAAUUUUCUCAGAGGCAACUUCAUGAAGAUGUUGUCGAGAUUUGAUGGAGCUGGUAAGGCAUUAUUGGAGGCCACCAGUGGUUUGUUGCCUUCUCUCAUGGUGAGUUGCAAAAUAUCGAGGAAACUGAUUCUCCAUAAAUCUCUGUGUGCCGCAGUCUCAAUGAUGCUUUUCUUCUUUCUGCAGUAUUUGGCUGAUAUUUUCCCAAAGGAAUCCAUUGUUUGGAAGAUGAAAAUGUUGAGGACAGCGUCGUCGUUUGUCAAUUCUCGCUUACAUGCAGUCAAAGCCCAGAUCCUGGUGGUCGCUGGUGGAAAUGAUGAACUUCUGCCAAGCCGUGAAGAGGCUGAAAGGCUACAUGGCACACUGAAGAAAUGCAGAAUCCGUCACUUCAGGGAUAAUGGCCACAAAAUCUUGUUGGAAGAUGGAUUUGAUCUGGCAACAACCAUUAAAGGAGCCGGAUACUACCGCCGCUCCAGGCAGACAGACUAUGUUUUAGACUAUCUACCGGUGACCGAUGAUGAACUCGAAAAGGCGAUCGACCGUGACAGGCUCCUGAAUUUUGCCACUGACCCAGUGAUGCUAUCGACACUGCCUGAUGGGAAGAUAGUGAGGGGACUGGCAGGGCUGCCAAGGGAGGGCCCUGUCUUGCUUGUUGGGUACCACAUGCUCAUGGGGUUUGAGCUUGGACCCCUGGUAACAGGAGUUCUGAGGAGUACUGGAAUCCACAUCCGCGGGUUAGCGCAUCCAUUCAUGUUCAACGAGAGUUCAGAGCAGCUCAUACCGGAUUCGUCGAACUACGACAUCCACCGGAUCAUGGGUGCGGUGCCUGUUACGGCAGUGAACUUUUACAAGCUCCUUUCAGAGAAGCAAUUUGUUUUGCUGUAUCCAGGAGGCGCGCGUGAAGCUCUUCAUAGGAAGGUAAGAAUUUGGUAUAGAGAGCAUAAUAUAUCUUUGGAGACAGUAAAAACAUCGAUUGUUCUGGAAGGUGACAGUUGUUUACAGGGCGAGGAAUACAAGCUAUUUUGGCCUGAGCAGUCUGAAUUUGUGCGGAUGGCAUCAAGGUUUGGAGCAAAAAUAGUACCAUUUGGAGUGGUUGGAGAAGAUGAUAUAUGUGAUAUGUUGUUAGACUACAACGAUCUUAUGAAGCUCCCAUUUUACGACAUCCUUGACAAGAAGCUAAAUGAAGAGGGGCUAAAGCUAAGGACUGAUUCUACGGGAGAGAUAAAGAAUCAAGAUAUGCAUCCUGUAGUGCUGACGCCAAAAAUGCCAGGAAGGUUUUACUUCAUCUUUGGGGGGCCUAUUGAAACAAAAGGGAGGGAGAAGGAGCUAAGAGACAAAGAGAAGGCCCAGCACCUCUAUUUGCAUGUCAAAUCUGAAGUGGAGAGCUGCAUCAAGUAUCUGAAGGAGAAGAGAGAGGAGGAUCCCUACAGGAGCAUACUGCCCAGGCUUCUAUAUCAGGCAGCUCAUGGUUCGGAUGUAGAAAUACCCACAUUUGAACCCUGAGGCUGAGAUGAUCACUUCCAGAUUACCGUUAGUUAGGAUCCAAGCCAAUUGUUUACAUUGUUCAUGUUAAUCUUUUAUAUACAUAGUUAUUUUUAAUUGCAGUUUAUUCAAAUUAGAAGGGUUAAUAAAUAUUAAAAAAACUAAGUUCAGAACUGUAAAUUUCUAUGUGAAGUACAUUUGCGGAUUUACUAAGCUGGGCAGGGGCUCUGAUUCCAAAUGAUGACUGACUGAAGGACAAGAAGCUUUCCCAGUCACUAAAUGUU